AUGAUUAUAGAGGAUAGGAGCUCUCCUCAAUCAAGCACGACUCUGAAGAGCACUCUCACAGAUAACGUCAAAUUGCUGCUGCGCUUAUAUCCACGCACGCGCGGAUUCGAAUCGCACAGCGGAGUCUCGCAGGCGCUGCAGGUGGAGAUCUCCGAGCGCCUCCGUCACGAAAGCGCGGGAAAAGUCUGUCUGGACUGGGAGCACCGCUUCAGCCCCGUUUAUUCCCUUCAUUUCACUAUGGCAUCACUGGGCAGCGUCUGCUUCCUCUUGCCUGUUGCUUUCCACCUCUUGAUGGUGCCAAGCCUCAGCUCUAUGGCCGCUGCUAGAAGGUGCGGCUCCAUCUACAAGGGCUUUGCCCAGUGUCUUCUGGCCUUGGGGGAUAGCUUGUCUGUCAGCAGCCAAAAAGAAGAGGACCUGCACGAGAUCGACUCAGUCUGCAGAUCAUGGGAUGAAUUCCAUGACUGUGCAAACCUGGCCAUGGCUGGCUGCCCCGAGGAAGCCGCUGCUGUGUGGGAGUCCCUGAGACAAGAGUCUAAAAAGAUGCAGUUUGCAGGUAACCUGUACGACAUGUGCUCUAGUCGCAGCCAAUCAGCAGCUGACACAGGGGCCCAGAACCCAGACGAGACCAAUCAAGAGUCGCUGAAAGGAAAAGCCAGUCAUUUAAACCUAGGCCGAAGCAUCUUUCUCCCCAUUUGCUUGUGUUUACUGUUCCUCUACCUGUGGAUAUAAGCCAAGACUUUUUGCUUUAACAGACAUGCAGUGGAAUGUAAUGAAUUACCAAAUGGACUGACAUGUGUGAUGUUGAAAUUCUAACACAUUGUAAUUAAUAAUUCUCUUUUUUUCCCUGUAAAAAGGCAUGCUUUUAAACAAAAUCUGACACAUGUACAAUGCCCUUUCGAAUUAUUGCCACCUCUAUGAAAAUGAAUGAAAAAGAAAAUAUCUAAAAAGAAUAACACAUGCAAUAAAUGAUAUGUAGAGCUCAGACCUACAUACAAUGACAUUAUGUAGUUUCAUUUAUUUAUUUAUUUUUCAAACAGACCAGUGCAAUUUUUCUACAAGAUGCUGGUUAUAAAAUUAUUGGUCCUUCUACAUUUAAUAUUUUAUUACACCUACCUACCUUGGAGAGAGUAAAAGCACUAAAAGAAUAAUAACGCAAAAGUCUGAAAAAGAAUAUAAAGUAUAGCUUAACAGCAUGCUGCACUGACAGUGACACAUUUUAUUUCACCUUUUCACCUUUUUUUUAAGUCUCAUUAUAUGUCUAAAAAGAGUUAAGGAAACACUGCAAACUGCAUAUAUUUGCAAGCAAGCUUAAUAAUAACUGUAUAGAGCAAAUUGGUUUUAUUUGACAGCAUCUAAUUGUCAGAAUUCUUUUCUUAUCCACAGCAAUAUGCUUAGUGCUAUUAUGUUUUCCUGCAAAAGAUGUUUAUGAAUAAAAUAUCAAAUUUUUAUUACAAAUCUGUUACUUCCUUCGGUGUAAAUAUUUGUACAUGACCUUCACGACAAUGUAUAAUUAAAAAAAAAAAUCUGCUAUGGGAAGAAAAUAUAAUUUACUUUAGAGAAUGCUGAGGUGCAUUUUGGGAAAUACUGUAUGUCAAAUAUUCAGUGACAUCUAGUUACAUUCCAUAUUAGAUAUUUGUGAAUAAUGUUUGUGAACCGAAAUUUAAAGCCGCUCAGCUCACAUUGCUCUUCUUCUUCUUCUUUUUUUUCUUCUAUGCGUUUUGUACGUCGUUUUCUGUUCUCGAGUGGCAAUUUAAUACUAAUGAUGUUACUUAUUAGAGUCAUUUCUUUUGGAUCUAGAAUGUUUCACCUAUACUACUGUAAUAGUAAUAGUCAUAAUAAUUCUGAAGAGCCUGAAUCUGAGCAUUGAUGAGCAUUUCUAACUUCUGUUGAGAUGUAAUCUGGUGCUUCAUGGCCAGUGGAUGACUUGUGAAUGUAAGAACUACUGUACCUCAAAGAUGCACAUCAGUUCUCCUUAGAACUCAAAUUGUUUUUGCAAAUAAUCUCUAAUAAUAUUACAAAUGUAUGCCAUGACCAACAGAACAAUUUAAUUGUAUUUUAUAGAAUGUUAUCCUAAUUUUCAUCCUUUCUUUCUUUAUUUAUUCAUUCAUUUAUUUAUUAAAUUAAUUUAUUAAAUGUCGUUUUUUGUCACACCUUGUAUUCUCUUCUCACGUGAAAUUCAUAAGGAUUCUUAUGAGCAUUACAUUUUACACAAAUGGAGGCAUGAGAAUAGCUUGAGCACUGACCUGCUCCUUUACUCUAACCUUAAUGCUCAUUACUUUUUAUGCUUGUGUGAAUUCUUAUGAAUUUACAAUGGUGAUGGUCCUUUUAAAGAUAAAGGGAGAUGUCACAUAGUGCAUGGGUUCAUUAUAAGUCUGUCCUCAUUCCUUUGAAGUUGGAUCCUAUAUCAUAUCAAUGUCCAGGUGAUGGGAUGUUUUAUGUAAAAACUCUGGGAUUAAAGGAUUUUCCACAUGGAUGCCAUCAACCAGAAACCCUGAAAUGUCUUGUCCAGUGAUUGCAUCUUUGUUAUUUAUUUCAAAAUGGAGAUUUCACAGACAAUGAGAGGCAAAAUGAAUUCAAGCAUUAUAUAUAUAUAUAUAUAUAUAAAAAGAAGAUUAAAAC